GGCGGGAUGGGCGACCCCCGGGCGCUACAGACACCGAAGGGCCGCGAUGGGCGGGACAGGCCGCCGACGGCCCCGGGCCCGGAAAUCCCGCGUGUCUGGGAGCAUCUGGGGGUCGGCCGGGACCCGGCGCGCAGGGGUUAGCGGGCGGAGGCGACUGCCCAGCCCCGCCCACCAGACGGCCCCACCUGCCCUCUGUCCUGGGGCGCCGCCGCCCUGCCGCCGGCAGUGCCUCGCUGUGCGCGAACCCCGCCGUGCGCGAAGCCUGCGGUCCCGACCCGUGGACGAGGCGGGGUAUCCCGGGCUGGGAUCCGGAGCAGGUCCCAGGCGUGCCAGGCAUCCCCGCAGGCCCGGAGCGAUGGCGGCCUCGAUGACCCAGGGAACCCGGGCCCCACCCAGGCCUGGUGACCUCUCCGGGGAAGGGACCCAGGGACUUACCGACCCCUCGCCAGAGCCUAAGCAGCUUCCAGAGCUGAUCCGCGUGAAGCGAGAUGGAGGCCGCCUGAGCGAAGCAGACAUCAGGGGCUUUGUGGCUGCUGUGGUGAACGGGAGCGCGCAGGGCACACAGAUCGGGGCCAUGCUGAUGGCCAUCCGACUUCGGGGCAUGGAUCUGGAGGAGACCUCGGUGCUGACCCAGGCCCUGGCCCAGUCGGGGCAGCAGCUGAAGUGGCCAGAGGCCUGGCGCCAGCAGCUUGUGGACAAGCAUUCCACAGGGGGUGUGGGUGACAAGGUCAGCCUGGUCCUGGCACCUGCCCUGGCUGCGUGUGGCUGCAAGGUGCCAAUGAUCAGCGGACGUGGUCUGGGGCAUACAGGAGGCACCUUGGAUAAGCUGGAGUCUAUUCCUGGAUUCAAUGUCAUCCAGAGCCCACAGCAGAUGCAAGUGCUCCUGGAGCAGGCGGGCUGCUGUAUCGUGGGCCAGAGUGAGCAGCUGGUCCCCGCAGAUGGAAUCCUAUAUGCAGCCAGAGAUGUGACAGCCACCGUGGACAGCCUGCCACUCAUCACAGCCUCCAUCCUCAGUAAGAAGGUCGUGGAGGGGCUGUCCGCUCUGGUAAUAGACGUUAAGUUUGGAGGGGCCGCCGUCUUCCCCAACCAGGAGCAGGCCCGGGAGCUGGCAACGACGCUGGUGGGCGUGGGAGCAGACCUGGGGCUUCGGGUCGCGGCAGCGCUGACCGCCAUGGACAAGCCCCUGGGCCGCUGCGUGGGCAACGCCCUGGAGGUGGAGGAGGCGCUGCUCUGCAUGGACGGCGCAGGCCCGUCGGACCUAAGGGACCUGGUCACCAGGCUCGGGGGCGCCCUGCUCUGGCUCAGCGGACACGCGGGGACCCAGGCCCAAGGCGCUGCCCGGGUGGCCGCGGCGCUGGACGACGGCUCGGCCCUCGGCCGCUUCGAGCUGAUGCUGGCGGCGCAGGGCGUGGACCCCGGCCUGGCCCGAGCCCUGUGCUCCGGGAGCCCCGCAGAGCGCCGGCAGCUGCUGCCUCGCGCCCGGGAGCAGGAGGAGCUGCUGGCGCCCGCGGAUGGUGAGCGGCGAGGGAAGCCCGGCACCCCGCCUCCGCCACCCCGUCCCUGCCCGGGCCCCCGCCUCUCAGCCCCUCUCCCCGCAGGCACCGUGGAGCUGGUCCGGGCACUGCCGCUGGCGCAGGUGCUGCACGAGCUGGGGGCCGGGCGCAGCCGCGCGGGGGAGCCGCUCCGCCUGGGGGUGGGCGCGGAGCUGCUGGUCGACGUGGGUCAGAAGCUGAGCCGCGGGACGCCCUGGCUCCGCGUGCACCGGGACGGCCCCGCGCUCAGCGGCCUGCAGCGCCGCGCCCUGCAAGAGGCGCUCGUGCUCUCGGACCGCGCGCCCUUCACCGCCCCCUCGCCCUUCGCCGAGCUCGUCCUGCCGCCGCCGCAAUAAAGCUCUUUCGCCGCGAA